AUGGCAGACUCCAGGGCUGAUGACGAUCGACGGCUCAGAGGAGAAGGAGAGAUUGUGAGCGAUUGGUCACGAUGCAUGAGGCAACAGAUUUGGGAUUGCUUGAGAAAUGAAAAGAUUUCAGUGUUCUCCGUAUGGGGAUGGCAGGGAGUGGGGAAGACAAGGAUCAUGAGACAGGUGGUUGCAGCGGUGAUGGAGGAAUCCAGAGAAUCUAGCGGUCUGUUUGAUGUAAUCAUCCGAGUAAGAGCACCGGGGGUCGAGUGUCUUGCGGAGAAGAUGCAGGCGAGAAUCAGAGGAGAAUUGGACAGUUUGUCGAGUUUAAGAAGAAGGCUAUUAAUGGCGUUGGAUGCAAAGGGAAGAAGGAAUCGGUUGGUGGAGGUACAGAUGGGAAUCAAGGAGGUGUUGGAGAUCCCAAAGUCCAUGCACUUCUCUGCAGCUGCUAAACUAAUCUCGGCUAAGCUAAGCGGUCAGCGUUUCCUCCUCGUCUUGGAAGAUGUUUGGGAAAGCAUCAACUUGGAAGAGAUGGGAGUUCCCCCAGUCAUGGCAUCUGCUAUCACCAGCAGCAGCAAAGUCGUCAUCACGACUCGAUCCCAUGAAGUUUGUAAGGAAAUGGGAGCCCAAGUAAACAUCAUGAUGGGGGGGUGGUCUAAAGAAGACGCCUGGGAUUUUUUGAAGGAAGAGGCAGCCGAUGUGGCCACCAGCAUUGGUUUCUCAACAACAGGAGACAUGGUCUUGAAAUGCUUCUCUUACGUCUCCUUGUUCUGUCGAAACGGAUGCUCCAUUGAUGGGGAUUCCUUGAUAGAUGAAUAUUGGAGUUUGGAGGGCUUUUUAAAUGGAUCCUUCAAUGAGGAGGAGAAUAAAGAAGCGGCUUUCAAGAGACUUGGGAAUGUACUGCUCAAAGAGUUAGCAGAGAGAUGCAUGGUGCUACUGUCUCUGAUGUCAUCAAACCCAGAUUACCUACACUUUUAUCUAAACAAGUAUGGAAAAUAUUUAGAUAGCACGUCAAAAUUUCAAACUAUUGAAGACGGAUUUAUGGAUUGGCUAAAAGAGCAAUUUACAAUGGAGGAAUCUUCGGGAGGACGCUAUCAUGUGGAUAUGAAUUCUCAUGUGAGGCAAGUGAUUGAUUCUCAGACGUUCCUAGUGAAAUACAACUUAGACGGGGAAGAAGCAUGCCAAUGGAUCUCAUUAUCCCACAAUCAGGUAGAAACAUUUCAAUUCAGCUCUCCAAACUACUCUCUUCUCUCGACGUUGUUGCUCAAUGAUAACGAUCGCUUGCAAGAAAUCCCAGACAGUUUUUCCAAGAACAUGACCAGACUCCGAGUCCUUGACCUUUCUUCUACAAGCAUCUCUUCCCUGCCAUCAUCCGUGUCCUGCCUUCACGAAAUACGGUUGUUGAAGCUUCGAAGCUGCAGCAAGCUAGAGGUUGUUCCUGCAUUCUUAAAGGAUAUGCAGAAGCUUGAGAUCCUUGAUCUCCAUCAAACUCCCUUGAUGAAAACGAUGGAGGUAUCCUUCCACAACAUGCAAAGCCUCCGACGUCUCGACAUAUCGGGUGCCUGCACCCUCAAAAGGCUCUCACUCAAGGGUUGUCAUUCUCUACUAACAGUGGUUAGUCUGCAGAAACUUUCAAAACUUGAGGCACUUGAUCUUUCAGGCACGAAAAUGGAAGAGCUCACAGAUGAAAUUUUCAAUCUGACUAGCAUGCGGUGCCUGGAUCUGUUGGGAAUGGAGCAUCUGAAGACGAUUGACUGGAGAAAUAUACAUCGGCUUCCAGAAAAAUUAAAUUGGGAUCGUUGUGGCUUGGACUUGAUGCAUGAACCGCACCAAGACAGCAGCAGACGUCGCAUCUCGGUCAGUGAUGCUGGUGUUUUCAAGUCAUUGGGCAAAAAAUCGAGACUCUGGAAAUCCUACUUUCUAAAAUUCCAUUUCUUGGUCUGUCCCUGUAAAGGAGGUCGCAAGGAUAUAUAUGCUCGUUUAAAAAGAAACCGAUUUCUCUACCGGCGUAUUUAUUCUCAAUUUGAGGUCUUUGAGUUAUGA